AUGUGUAGGGAUGGGUGAUAUCUGGAGAUCGCGUGGGUGGAAGGAAGGCCCAAAUUUCGGAUUGCAGUGGGCGGGGCGGGGGGCGGGCCCAGCGGCGAGUCCCACCGCGCCCGCAGUUCUGCUUCCGUUCCGCGGUGUGGCGGACCUUCAAGAUUUCGGCUUCUGAACUCCGUCCGUGCAUUGGCUGCAGGCCGGAGAGAUAGUCGGGUCGAGAUACGGGGAACUUCGCGUUCGUCUUAGCUACCCGACGACGUCUAGGACCACGUCUACCCUCACACAAUCACAACGACAUCAUGGACCACGAUACCGCCCCCGUUCCCUACUCUGCUAAGAAAGACUCUGGUACAACGACGCCCGUUGAGGUGUUGUACUCAGAAGCCCCUGUCUACCCUCCGAGAAGCCUCUAUGUGCCCCCAGCCAAAUUCGACGAGGUGCUCAUGUCAAGGAGCGCCUGGACGCCGAGCUUCCUGCCCCCAACCGUCAGACUCUUCUUCAUCGGUGCCAUCGUCUCUACUUCUGGCUUCCUGUAUGGCUUUGACACGGGCUCCAUUGGUCCCAUCAUCCAAAUGUCGCAGUUCCCAAACACCGUGGGUAAUCUCUCGACCUCUUUGCAGGGGUUCUUCGUUGCCUCUAUCCUUCUGUCUGCGUCAGUGAGCUCCCUAGCCAGCGGUGUCGUGGCAGAGAAGAUCUCCCGACGCUACGGGAUCGCCGUCGGCGCUGCCAUCUUCGCACUGGCAUCGACUGUUUGCGCCGCGGGGCAGAGCUUCGCAAUGAUGCAGAUUGCUCGCCUCAUCACCGGAAUUGGCGCAGGACAGAUGAUCAGCGUCGCCUCAAUCUAUCUCGUGGAGAUCGCUCCGGCUCAAGCUCGCGGCAAACUGGUAUGUAUGCUGCAAUUUGCCAUCACUGUAGGCUUGAUGACGGGCUACUUCCUGUGCUAUGGUACCUCUAUGAUCGACUCGAGCCUACAGUGGCGACUUCCUUUUGCGCUCUCGGCAGUGCUCUCCCUCGCACUCUGCUUUGCCACUCUGUUCCUCGUUCCUUUUUCGCCUCGCUGGCUGGCCCAAAAUGGACGGGAAGAUCAAGCCCUUUCCACGUUGAGGCAGCUGCGUCUCUCUGCUCACUCUGGCCAUCACCACCCUCCAAGUCGUUAUGGCUCAGAAGAUGAACUCCUUCUCCUUGAGCUGGACGGCAUCAAGGCCGCUAUUGCCGAGAGUCGCAGGCUCAAUGCCUCCUCGGCGAGCUUCCGCGAAUUGUUCAACAGGCGAUACCGAAGCAGAUCCCUCUUGGGCAUCAUCCUCAUGGCUUUCCAACAACUGAGUGGCGUCGACGUCAUCCUCUACUUUGCUCCCAUUGUCUUUGCCUCCGUCUUCACUUCUCAAGAGGGCGCCUUUCUAGCCUCCGGCGGCUUGGGGAUCGUUGCAGUGCUAGCAACGAUCCCUGCCCAGAUCUGGGCAGAUCACUGGGGUCGCAAGCCACCCAUGGUUGCCGGCGGACUGAGCAUGGCUACGUGCUACAUCGUCAUUGGCAGCCUCUUUGCGAAAUUUGGACGGCAGACGAGCAGCGGUGUGCGCCUGACAGGGGGCAAUGCCAAAUGGGUCGUAGUAGUGGGCAUCUACGCCUUCUUGGCCUUCUUCUCGUGCACGUGGGCCGUCGCAACUCGUAUCUACGCGAGCGAGAUCAUGCCAACGAAGCUCAGAUCUCGUGCGGCAGCUCUUCAGCAAUUAGCAAACUGGACUACGAAUUUCCUCGUGGCCCUUACUGCUCCCUCUUUUCUCAAAGCCACCCCUUCAGGUCCAUACUUCUUCUUUGCAAGCACCCUCCUCAUCGCAUCGGGGAUCUGCGUCGUCUUUAUGCGAGAGACAAAGGGUAAAUCACUAGAGGCCAUCACGGAGAUGUUUGAACUUAGAGCCGCGUAGAUUCAUGUCAUGUUUGAGUGUUAUAAUAUUGGAAUUGACGUGUCUAUAGAAGUCAAUCCCCCUGGGUGCAUGACCGGAUGAGCUGUUGAUCAGUCGAGUAUGAUCCGUACACCGCCCAGCAAGCCUACGUCCUGCUGACUCGAAGACGUCGGACAGCCAAUGAAGAAGCGCGGCAAUGGUACCUUGAGUCUGUGAGAUAGGAAUUCCAGAGUAGUGGCAUUGAAGGGCGCCUCGACUUCCGACAUCACCGAUCAGGACCGCAGAUAGC